CUUUGGCAAGAUCCCAAAAUGAUUUAGCCUUCACUUAGUGUCUGAUAGUUCCUGACUACAUCUAAUAUUUUAAAACAAAAAUUAGUUCUAAAAAAGAGGGACAUUUAUUGAAUUAUGCAGAAAAAGCGAUGGAGAUAAAAGCCUAUGUUUCACAUCAAGACAAGCUGUCCGUAUCGCCCCCUCAAGAAGAAUAACGAGAUCUGUGCAGUUGCUCCACUGAUUGGCCAGAAUCAUUCAUGCUGUCACAAAGGAUCAUUGGAUGGACCGCUACACACCCACUGCCCAGACAGCGUGGGCGUUUCCGUGGUAACAGAGGAUAGCGGCGAUCUUUACGUGGCCUCAGUGAGCCACUAAUGAGUAUGAGAGCAUGUGAGUGUGCGUAUGUGUGUGUGCGUGUGUGUGUGUGUGUGUGUGUGUGUGUGUGUGUGUGUGUGUGUGUGUGUGUGUAUACUGUGCACUAGUUCAUCUCUUCAUGCUACAAACAGGGGUUUUAUGUUUUAAGAGAGACGCUGCAGUGAAAUAGAAAUGUAUCCAACAUACGAAUCUUGGCUGGUGUGUGGGGGUGUGUGUGUGUAAACCGAUCUUCUGUUCAGUAAAUGUCAGGGUUGCUUUCUAAUUAGAGGAGCCAAAACGAAAGUAAUUCCCCAGCAAAAAAUCUAGUAUAAGAGAAAACUGUCAUUCAAAAUGUCAUUCUCAUUGCAGUCAAAACAUUGCUAUAUUUAUGAAUACUGUUAAAUUAAAUAGUGCCCUACGUGUCGACAUGCAAACAUACACACGUGCUUUUGCACAGACACGUGCACAUGUGCAAAUUCACAUACAGAUUCAUAUACACAAAGUGACAGCAAAUUCAUCUGACAUCCCCCAGCCAAACAAACAAGAGCCAAAUGCAUUAAGCCUGGCUCUUCCCUCUAACUCUCUCUCUAUUUUUGUAUUCAAAUACAGAGCCAAGUCACAGAAUCGACUGUUUGUAUUAGCAAUACUGGAUUUGUUAUUACUGAGAGAUCACAGAUUUAAAGACAUGUUAAAAAGUGCAGGGAGUGUUUUGAACUAUAUAACCCAUAAUUUAACAGAAGCCAACAAUAAUGUGAUUAUCUGUUCAGUUACAUAGAUGUUUUUAGAAUGUAUACUGGAAUUGAUUUGGCUUGAACAAUAAUAGCAUAUUUCUACCCUAGAUAGCUUAAAUCAAUAUUUUACCAAAGGUUUGAUUAAAAGUGCUAGACUUCAAAUCCCUCCUUCACUCUCUAUUUUUCUUUGUGACUGCCUGUAGCUAUUCCAAUUGCUGUUGAAAAGAGCUGCUCAGAUUAUUUUUCACCCUAUCUAGGAAUUCUUGAUAUUAAUCAAACGUUUGAUUGUCAGAGAUUGAAAUGAUUUCCAUGGUGUCUCUCAGCAUGUUAAAUGGUGAGGACAAAAUGUCUUCGGCCAAACUCAGGCAGUAAAGUAACAUGUGUCUGAUAUGAAUAUCCUAAAAAGAGUACGUCAAAAUUUACCACAAGAAAUUCAUGCCCAUUUAAAAUCUCCAUGUUUUUAAUGUAUGUACACUAUUGGGACUUUGUACUCUAAAAUAAUUUGCACAGUUUAAGAAUAAGCAGUAGAUUUCUAUAACGCUUUCAUUCGCAGCAAUGAAAUAUGGAUUAUGUGAAAGUUUGAGACUUAAAGUUCUACAAAUCACCAUUGUUACAAACGUCGAAAUUAAAUGCGUUAAAAAUCGCGUUUCUAAAUGCACGUGACUGCAGCUCUACAAGAUCUUGUAGGACUGAAGCUGUGUGUGCCAGCGAAUCAUAAAAUUGUACCACGAGACCCAGGGCUUUUGCCUCAUCGUGACGUGAAAGAGUUCCCUUCAACAAAUAUAAACACUGUCUAAAUUUAGUCCUCUCACAAAAUUAAUUCCCUGACGAGUCCUUUGACUCUAGUCACGUGUGCGUAAUUCGUGAGUGUGUGGGGGCGGCAGGGUGGGGGGUGACAUUUUGACAUAUAAAGCUGUUUCAAGGGUGAAUUCUACAUUAGAAGCGCGCGCAAACUCGAGCUGCGCAAUUGCGCAAGGCAUUCCUUUAGGGUUGCGAGGAAAAGCGGAUUAAUCGUCCACUCUUGAGAUUUCGCGUUCCAACUGUUCGAAUGGAUUUUCCCAACACUUCGCUGACUAAACGGAGGUCGGAGUCAUGGAGACCCGUGGAUCGAGCGCCCGUGUACAAGCGGAUAUCGCGUUGGGGAUCUACAAGUUGCAUUGAUGCGAUUUAGUUCCCCGUCAUGAACUGUCCUGGAGUUGCGUUUCAAAGUUGGGGGCUUUAAGAGCGGGGAACAUCAUGCACACAGCGGAGCUCGCGCUCUCUCUCCUACUCGUCGUGAUCAUCGUUGUGUCGCUGCUGUCCAACGUGCUGGUGCUGAUCUGCUUCUUGUACAAUGCAGAAAUUCGCAAGCAGGUUCCUGGGUUGUUUAUACUCAACCUGACGUUCUGCAACCUGCUUCUGUCCGCCUCCAGCAUGCCGUUGACUCUUAUCGGGGUGUUGAGUAACGCGCAUCCCGGAGGACACAUUUUCUGUCAGGUGGUCGGGUUUCUGGACACUUUCCUGACCACUAACUCCAUGCUGAGUAUGGCUGCGCUCAGUAUCGACCGGUGGGUUGCAGUGGUGUUUCCUCUGAGUUACCAUUCCAGGAUCCGUCACCGGGACGCUAUAAUCGCGCUGGCUUACACGUGGGUGCACUCGUUGUCCUUCUCUGUGGUUGCCGCGUGCCUCUCCUGGGUGGGUUACCAUCAGCUGUACGCAUCGUGCACGCUCUGUAACGGCAGGGCGGUCAAUGCCAAGACGCAGUUCACGAUUUACACCAUGGUGCUGCACUCGCUCACGUUCCUGUUGGUGUCGGUGGUGCUCUGCGUCACGUAUCUGAAAGUGCUCAAAGUUGCGCGCUUUCACUGCAAGCGUAUAGACGUGAUAACCAUGCAAACGCUCGUACUGCUGGUGGACAUUCACCCGAGUGUUGUUCGUCGGUGUUUUGUGGAGGAGAAGAGGAGGAGAAGGAGGGGAGCCCGCAAAAUUAGUACAUUCAUUGGAACCUUCGUCAUCUGUUUCACCCCGUAUGUCAUUACCAGGAUUGUUGAGCUAUUUGUGACGGAGCCAUUUAAUCCAUAUUGGGGCGUGCUGUGUAAGAGUCUGGCGUACAGCAAAGCUGCAUGCGACCCCUUCGUCUACUCUCUUCUGCGACACCAGUACAGGAAGACCUGCAGUGACAUCAUCAAUCGACUAUUGAAACGCAGUUCCCCAAAUGGCUCCGGGCAUCAGCAGGAAAAUGGAAAGAUUGGGAGGGCCAAGGAAAUCGUAAAAGAUGGGGAAGUUGAAGACAGACCUACACACUGAGGACUCCUGUUGCUAUAGAGAUGAACGAUCACAAAGGUAGAGCUUCGACUCUGGAGAGAGAGAGAACAAUGAAGGCAGAGGAAACAGCGGGAUACCAGGCUCUGCAUUUCUCAACUCAAAAAGAAUUCAAGAUAUAACUGUAGCAAGAGAUUUUAGUAGCAAAAGAGAUUCUUUUUUUAUUAAAAUAUUUAUUAAUUCUCUUCCUUCUUUUCUUUCUUACUACAUUCCUUUCUUUCUUUCUCUAAUCAAUUCUGAAAUCAAACUUCUGUAAAGCUGCAAGCCACGAAAGCUGCUAGUUAGCCAACAUUCAAAGAGAAUCCGUAGGGCCUAUUACAUAUCGUGGUCUAUUUGUGUCUUAUGUGAUAAAGUGCUGUUUAGACUUAUGAAUAGGUGACUGCUUUGACUUACUGUAUCACAUGGUGAAAUGUGAGAAAACAAGAUCGCAUUGUGAGUCUUUCGACACAGAAUAAGAAACAAUAUUUUCUAGAUGAUGUUUUAGUGGAACCAGUGGCAUGUGGUUUUGAUUUUUUUGUAGCAUGUAUUGUAUCUUCAGGGUUUAGAUAUGAACCCCCACAGCAAUGGGCGGACCUGUUCUUUCGGUGCCUUUAUUUAUUUUAUUUAUUUAUUUAAAAGGAAACCUGCAUAGACUGAAUUUUAAAGUAAGUCCAUGAAAUGAACAAGCUCAUUUCAGCAGAGAAUUGUAGAGAAACAUGUUGUGUAAACCAAAGGGUACAAACAAAGGAGAUAAAAUGAGUUUGAGAGAGAAACAAAUAAGUUAAAAAAAAUGUUGGAUUAAAUUCUGACAGCAUAAACAGUCUCUUUUUCUUAUUUGGCUCUGAAAAUUAUGUGUGAAAAUAUUGUGCAAGUGCCUGAAGUGCUGUCAUAUGGGUUUACUUAAUUAAUGUUCUCUGUGUGGGAACACUGGCCACAAGAUGCAGAGAAAAAAAAAAAAAAAAACGUGGAAAGAGCAAAAUGGAAAAAAGUGACAGUUUUUCUUUCCCUAAUCGUUCUGUUUAGUUUUACAAUGCCGUUCUUUGUCUAUGUACUGUAUAUAUGCAUAUACAUUUUUGUAUUUUUAAAGAGUAAAUAAUUUCUACAGGGUAAUUUAUAUCUGAAUGUCACUCUAUAGUAAAUAUGUAUUGUUUUAUUUUUUUGUAGUGUGUAUGUACGAAUAUGUGUGCGAAUAUGUGACAUUUUGAAGUGAGAACAUUAUUACACUUUGAGGGUGUUCAUGUAUAAAACUACAUGUUUAAAUGUUUUUCUUUCGUGCAAAUGUAAAGCCUUAGGAAGAAACAUGUCUAUUUUUGUUAAACAGAAAAUAAUGUAGUUUUAAAUUUUGCUACAUCUUUGUGACUUUGAUGACAAUAAACAGUGGGUUUGAAAAGA